AUGAACCCUCCUGAUCUGUGUCCCAUAUGUUUGGACGAUCUUCCCGAUCAGGACCAGAUCAUUGUGCGGGAAACCAGGUCCGCACAGCACCUCGCCCGUACAGUGCCCUGCCACCACUAUUAUCAUGGGUUUUGCAUUAAUGAAUGGGCCCAGAAGGCAAACUCGUGCCCGCAGUGUCGGGCAACUUUUACCGACAUCGAGCUCAUUUCCGACAACAACGUGUACCAGUCGAACCCGGUGCCGGACAGAAAGCAGACCCCAGAACCGUUCGAGCCGGUUGUUGAGAGCACAUCUCUACACCAGCACUCCCACUUGAACAACCAGCUAUGCUGUCUGUGCGACCGGUCAGGCGCCGGGGCGUUUGCGAUCUGUCGCGAGUGUUCGAGCGGCUACCACACGGCGUGCCUGGGGGUGAUUGAAGGCGCGCAAUUCCACUGUCCUGUGUGCGACUCCUUGCAGGAUGCGAGCAGCGUGAUCCCGUCUCGUGGGGGCAGACGGGGGCAGACUUUUUUGCAAAGCGUGCGACGCCAGAUCAGGAACGGGCGUCAGCGGCAAUUGGGCGUGUAUGUGUCCCGAGACGAGCCCGACUACGUUGCCCUUGUGGAUGAGCAGCGGAGUAAGCAGACGGUGACGACGGAGGACAUUGCGUGGCGGGCACUGGAUGCGCUGCCACAACAAGCUGCUGGGCGACCGUGUGCGCGAGGAAACGCCGUUUGCCCUGAGCUUUACGCCGAAAUCGCUUAUCCAGGCGCUUCUGCUACGGCCAAAGCUGAAAAGGCUGGGGUUGUCUUUUACCAAGUAUACACAGGUGAACAAGGCGGUGUCGCGCCACCUGUACGGGCUCGUUUCCGGCCGUGCGGAGUAUGUUGUGUGGCUGAACAAGGUUGCGGAGCUGGUCGAGCGCGAGGGCGUGGAGAAACGACGGUACGCCGAAUUUGUGCAGCGUCUGAACGAGCCGGACCGGCAGAUGGCGCGGCAGAUGGCGGAGGAGUACGCUGUUACGGUGGACGAGAUGGUUGCAAGACUGCUUAG